AUAGAGAAGCUGAUAUCUGAAGCUGGAAUCGUUUAGAGUAAUAACAGAAAUAGAGUAAAUGUGAAAUAGGUUCUUCUUCCUCAUUUCUCUCUCAUGCGCAUCUGAGGUUAGAAAGGUUCGCCGUCUAGCGGUGCACGAGCACAAGCACGUGUGUGUUCAGCGCGCGCCUCUUAGUAACACUCCCUCGCGUGAUCGAGGAGCCACGAGCGCUGCGUUCACACUCAGACCGAUUCAGUAGUUUGCAUGAGUGUGGAGCAGUGCUUCUGAGCGCGCACCUGACCUCAGUUCAGACCAGAUACUGUGUGGAGCACAAUGCAUCUUAAAUCUGCUUUCCUACUCUGUUUACUGGGCGGUGUGUUUGGCGCAGACACCGGUAACACUGAAAGCGUGUGGGUGAUGCUGGGAGAUUCGGUCACCCUGCACACCGGCAUCGGCUCGGUUCGGAGAGACCAUCACGUCGUCUGGAGGUUUGGGCCUGACAGUCCAGGCAGCCGGGUAGCCGAGCUCAUGAAAUGGUCCUACAUGCUCUCUGUAUUUGUGAGUGGAAAGAUGCCCUUCAGAGACACACUGCAGCUGGACCAUAAGACCGGAUCGCUGACCAUUAAUAACACCACACCUGAACACUCUGGACUUUAUAAACUAACUAUCAUCCACAACAGAAAGACUUCCCGCAAGAAGUUUGAUGUUAAAGUCUAUGCUCCUCUCCCGGUUCCCGUCAUCAGCACAGACUCCUCACAGGACUCGCACAGAUCUGCAGGUGCAGCGUGUGUCCUGAUGUGUUCAGUGACAAAUGCGUCCCGGGUCACUCUGUCCUUCUUUAAGGGCAGUGAUUUAGUGUCCAGCGUCAGCGGCUCUGACUUCAACGGCUCUCUGUCUCUGCCUCUGGAUGUGGAGCCUCACGAUGAAAACACCUACAGCUGUGUGGUCAAUAACUCCAUCAGCAACCACACCACGCUCUUCAACACCACCGAUCUCUGCCCGCCGCCUCCAGCUGCCUCAGCUCCUCUCCCGGUUCCCGUCAUCAGCACAGACUCCUCACAGGACUCGCACAGAUCUGCAGGUGCAGCGUGUGUCCUGAUGUGUUUAGUGACAAAUGCGUCCCGGGUCACUCUGUCCUUCUUUAAGGGCAGUGAUUUAGUGUCCAGCGUCAGCGGCUCUGACUUCAACGGCUCUCUGUCUCUGCCUCUGGAUGUGGAGCCUCACGAUGAAAACACCUACAGCUGUGUGGUCAAUAACUCCAUCAGCAACCACACCACGCUCUUCAACACCACCGAUCUCUGCCCGCCGCCUCCAGCUGCCUCAGACGAGUCUCUGCUCUACUGUCUGCUGCUGCUGCUGAUUCCUGUCACCGUGAUCGCUGUCUUACUCUGUGUCUGUCGAAAACGCAGAAAAGCGGAACAAGAGACUGAUGAAAAUUGCUAACGCUGUAGAGAAUGUGACGAUGCAAUACAGAAUGUGUAGAAAACAUGCACAAACCUCCAGAAAGCAUGAAGAGAAGCACUCAGUUUACCAGAGAAACUCUCAUUCAGAACUGUAUUUUAAUGUAAUAUGUGAUUUAUUGUGUGUUUGUCACCAUCGCUCAGAAUGUCCAUCCAGACAUGAUGAAAAUGAUGGUUUCAUGCAGCAUGACUGUUUUUACAAAAGCCUUCGGUUGAUCUGAAGUGAUGUCUUUCCAUGCUGCUGACUGAAGAAUUAAAGCAGUGCGGUUUGUUAGAUUUCACUUGUAUGAUGAUACUGGAACAUUGUCGUGAAGUGAAACUUGACCGAAGAUGUUUUAAUCCUCACUUACACAUACAAACUUUGUAUUUUGUGUGUUUUGUAUUUUAUUAAUAUUAAGAUUGCAUCAGCUGCAGUAGCUGCUGCUUUUGUUCUGAAGGAAAACAUUUGUCUGUUAAUUUUCAUUCUCAGUCUAUAUUUCCUUUGUAUGCUUGGAUUUAUUUUAAAUAAAUUAUUUUUUGAAAAA